AUGGAGAGCCAGAGGAGGUACUUAAAGCACAUCUUUGUCUUCUCCCUGGUAUUGGGGACAAUCUUCUUUACCCUUCUCAACUCCUACCUGGGGAAACAAAACGUGAACAUUCCUUAUGUUGAUCCUGGACCCCAUCAUGUGGCCUACCCGAGAAACUACAAAUUCAUCCUGGAUGACACGCCAACAUGUAGAACCAGCAGUCUUUUUCUCCUUAUAAUGGUUCCAGUCGCACCAGGUAACGUGGCAGCUCGUGAUGCCAUCCGGGAGACUUGGGGGACUGAGAGGCUGGUCCUGGGUCAGCGGGUGAAGACUCUCUUCAUCCUGGGUCUGCCUGGAGGAGCCGAUGCUGAGCAAACACAGGAGAAGCUCAAAGAGGAGAACCAGCAGCACCAUGACCUGAUCCAGAGCAACUUUCAGGACAGCUACCACAAUCUGACCAUCAAGACCAUGAUGACUCUGGAGUGGCUGGCUGCUCACUGCGCCAAAGCCUCCUACGCUCUGAAAAUAGACUCGGAUACAUUACUCCACGUCCGUAAUUUAGUGAAACUGCUGCUGGAUCCAAAAACACCCAAACAGAACUACAUGUCAGGUUUAGUCUGGUGGCACAGCCCAGUUUUAAGGGACAAAUCAAACAAGUUCUUCGUGCCAAAAGACAUAAUUCCAGAGCCCGAGUUCCCCCCAUAUCCUCUGGGAUUUGCUUAUGUCAUGUCCUUGGAUCUGCCUGAAAAAAUCCUGGAAGUUUCCCCUCAGAUUAAAGCGUUCUUUAUCGAGGACGCUUAUCUAGGUAUGUGCCUGAAACGUUUGGGCAUCCCCCCCACUGACCCUCCUGAAAACACAAUGUUUCUGGUUGACCCCAAGCAUCCUCUGAGCGACUGCAGCCUCUCAAAAAUGAUCGCUGCAGUAACGACGAGCAUCCAACAGAUGACGGGUUACUGGGAGAGGAGCAAGCAGCCUAGUGCGAAAUGCUGA